AUGUAUCUGCUGUGCAGGUAUGUGUGUGUAUGUGUGUCUGUAUGUGUGUUUAUGUAUGUGUAUGAAUGUGUGUGUGCGUGUGUGCGUGCGUGUGCGUGUGUGUGCGUGUAUGUAUGUGUGUGUGUGAACGGGGAGGGAGCUAAGGAGCUGUCCCUUUCUGGGGCCGUGUUUGCACAGAAGGAGCUCUGA